AUGUUUCGCCCUACCGCAGCUCGCCUUGUCAGAUUUGUUGGUCCUCUUGACGCCGUGGACUCACCCUUUGCCUCGACCAUCCGCUCCGCUGGACAUGAACUCGAGACUAGAUUUCCCAUCAUUGUUGAAGGACGAGUCCAGGGAUCGAGGCCGCACCCGUCGACGAAAGACCCGACCGAUCAGAAAGACGUCGUUACUGUCAGUUUUCAUACGAACGCUGGAACGCUGGGCGUCGAGAUUAGCACGGCCCAGGUGUUUGCCAACCCGUGA